AAACCGAUGAAGCUGUCUCCACGCUAAAAUUUAGGCACAUUCCAGAAGCCUAGCUUUCCAAUCGCCAUUCUCUCACAGUUCAAUUGAACAAACAAGCCAUGGCGGGUGGGAAUUUCAUGCACAGAGUCUUAUCCUAUGUUGUGAAUGAGCUUGUCGUAAAUAGUCUUGCUAACAGUCCUGCAUUCCAGAGGUUUGCAGUGAGGACAUCAAGGAGGAUUGAUGAUAUUUCAAACACGGCGGCUAAGAAAAAGAAAGAACUUGCCGAGCAGGUGAAAGACCUUUCCAAGAAUUUCGAGUCUUUUAAGAACCAGCAGUAGUGCGGAAGUGGGUUUUCAGCUGUAUGUUGCUGUUUCAAGAUUCUUUCUCUCUUCAUUUCAUGGAUGUUAGUUCCUGGCAUCUAUGACGACAUAGCAUAAUUAGGAUGACGGUGAUACCUGGGUGAUCUAUGUAAUUAAUGCCUGGCUAUAAUAACAGUGGUGUGGACUACCGGAACAGAACCGCUGCGUGCUAACCAAGUUUGCCGAUACAAUUGCCCAUACAAUUAAUCUUUCAAUUUAAUUUAUCGGGGACGUGUUAUUCAAGUUUGCAGAUAAACUAGAGACGGCGUGACAUUUGAAAUCGUAUAGGACUAGAUACUUGAUCUGCGCAGCGCUGGAGUAGAAAUUUUGUCUAGAACUUUGUAGACAUUGAAUACUUGAAUGAUCAGUGGAUGAAUAGUUUGAUUUAUAAAAAUUUAAGAUUUUUAUUCUUUAAAA